AUGAGCUCCUCGCUGAGAAUUCGACUUAACUUUGCCGAUCCUGAAUCCCCAUCCUCCUGGGUGUCUCUGGUCAGUAAUGGAGGUGGGAAACGGCGGUCUUUCUUUGUUUAUCGGGACGGAAAUCAGAGCUUACAGAUUGAUACUGUGGACGAUGAGUCUUCUGGAUAUGAUAGACCGGUGGUUUUGGCUGCUAUCCGUAUAGUUCCUUCCCCCAUUGGUGCAUCUAGAUUGGUUCGGCUGAUUUAUCCUUCCGAAAUUUUAGAUAUCGAGGAUUCUGAUGUUUUCGUUGAGGCAAUCUAUUCUCCAAAUGGGGCCUCGUAUAUAACCCGGGACCCCACAUCCCCUGUUAAACGGCGUAUUCCGCUUUCGCAUCCUCCCAAAGAGCAUAUGUUGGUGCUAUUAGACUACAGCUGCUUUUUGUGCAUCGACGGGGAAAAGAUUCAGUUGGAUUUGGGCGAUUCGUCGAUGUCCACCGCGAGGCCCGCCCUAAAAAGCUCGGCGGAUCGGAUUGACAACGAGGGUGACAUCUCUAUGGGAAUCGAUGAUGACCCUCACAUCCAAGUUGUACAGAGUAUGCAAGACCCUAUGGCUACCACAGUUCACCAUGGCAUUGGCUAUAGAGAUUCCACACCAGUAAUUCCCGAGACUAAUCCUGAGGAAACUAUUGUUGUUGAAACACCUGUGAAAUCUCGAUUCUUCAGCCCAAUGAGCUCUGGUCGUACUCCAAAAGCACAAGAAUCGUAUGCGAGCAUGGGUAACGACCUUUUGCCGCCUGGAAAUCGAUCUGCUGGAGAAAAAUUAAUGACCACGCUUCCAGAGUCCGGCUUGGUUUUCGCCGGUUAUGAUGGAAAGGCGGGUGAAGGAGUGACGUCACAAUCCCCUGUUUUUGCUGACCGUGAGCUAAGCACAUCUGAGGAAGAAAAUGAAGCUCCGCGAUACCUUGUUCCAAGACCUAAGGGAAAGCAACCCGAGCUAACCUCACUAGAACUUGACACUCUUGUCGCAAGGCCCGGAAAAGGGAUUUCUAGAGAACAGGGUGUUGCAGCAAUGGGUUCUGCUUUCAGUAACCUCACGUCCCUGGGGGAACCUGAUGGUGAGAAGGAGAAUCGGCAUCAAUCGCCUUCCUCGCUUGAAUCCACAACUGCCUCUGAUGCAGGGAAACCUUUGGCGGACGAUGAUGCAGAAAUAGCCGGAAGGGCGAGUGAAAAGGAGCACCGUAUUCAUACUGCAAAGACAACCGAAUCUCUUCCUGAGGCCUUUCUCUACGAAGAGCAUAUGAAGUCUGCUACACCAGGCCGCACUUAUAGUAAGAAGAAGCCCGCAAAGUCGCCUCUUAGCGCCAAGAAGUCCCUGGAGAAGAGUCCCGAAGAUCGGGGGCAUGCGGAUCGGCCCGAUGGAAGCACUGGUGGGAGUGUGUCUACACCUCUGCGUCAAAAGAAGAGGAAGGCGCUCGAGUCGCCAAGUGAAGCUGCUGCUGGCAAAGACGAAGGGCGUAAGAAGGAUACGUCUGGGAAGGGCGGAAACAAGCGAAGGAAAGCAGGGUCCGAACUUCGAGAUACCCCUAUGAAGGGGGCUGUCGGAAAUGAGGCAAUUAUUACCCCGGCCCGCAGAGGAUUAAGAGGCCGAAAAAUCGUGUAUAGCCAGCCUGAAGAUUCGGGGGCUGAAGUUCAAGGGGCCAUUCCCGAGUCUCCUCUACAGAAGGAAGAGGACCGGGUCCAGCAACAGCCCCAGGAACCGCAAGCCGAGGAGCCUCCUGUUGAAGAGAAGGAGGCUGAGCUGACUUCAACUGCGAAAGUGCCGAAGCGCAAAGGCCGGAAGAAGCUAUCAGACGAGGAAGUAAGUGUCGGUGUUCCGCCCGAUGAAUUGCCAAUAGUUGUGGGACAUCGGGAGUCCCAAGAACGCGCAGGGACCCCGGGCAUGGGUCAAUCAUCACGGGAGAUUACGGAAGAGCCUGAGGCUGUAAUGCCAAUGCCAAAGCGUGCUGGAAAACCUGCUACGAGAAAAGGAGUAAGAACUAGAAAGUCAUUAGCGGCUUCACCCCCGACAGAGAUUCCACAAAAACAAGACGGCGAUACUCAGUACACGGUCCCCUCAGAUACGCAAACACAAACACAAACUUUGGACAGAGUUGAAAUCAAGACCCCGAAAUCAAUAGCCAAGAGUGCGGCAAAAUCGAAGAAAACGCCUCUUAGAAGGAGAGGAGCCAGCUCGAGGAACACAAGCGAGGAGGUCAGCCUAAAUGGCGAGCAAGAUUUGAGCCAAGGAGAGGGUAUUAUUGUUAGAACUCGCGAGAGGUAUGAGGGAGAUGCCCCUAGGAUUGUGUUUAGCAACAGCGGCCUCGACGGCAAGAAGGUACUUGACCCCGUGCCGACGGUAAUACGUAAAGUAUGCUGCUAACGUGGUUAUCCUAUUGUCCCAGGAUAUUGAAAAGUUCCUUCGCGCUGCCGCUGCUAAGAAAAUAGAUAACGUCAGCGCUCCAGGUGUUAACUUUCUGGUAGUUGGCCCUGGUGAGUUGAAGAGGACGCCUAAACUGACAAUCGGUGUUGCUUUGGGCAAAACUGUGGUUGAGGAUCAAUGGUUGAUGGAUAGCAAGGAGAUUGGGUAUUUUUUGGGUAUGUUCUACUUAUUUGGUCGUCCUCAUCGAUUGGGUACUAAUGAACGAAGAUCCCGACCCGUAUAUACCGAAUGAUCCACUUCACGAGAAGGAAUGGGGCUUCAAUUUAGCUGCCGCCGUUAAAAGAGGUCGACAGGGCGGGAACUCUGUUCUUAAGGGCUGGAAUGUUAAUAUUACCUUGGCUCUGGUCUCCCAGCUCAAGGCUGGGAAACAGGAGGAGAGCCUGGUAGAGAUGCUGAAGGCCGCAGGCGCCGGAAAUAUUGCGAAGAAGGCGCCUAGGGGUGCAAAGAAGGGCGAGGAGCAGACGUUAGUUCUUGGGAGCGAGAAAGGGGACAGUGAAGUCAGUGCUUUGGAAAAGUCCGGAUGGGCGGUCUUUUCUGCUGGAAUCGUCGCUCUUAGUGUUCUUAGGGGAAAACUGAAUACUGACACAGACGAGUUUUUGAUUAAAUCUGAUGUGGGCUCGGGAACCACUGGCCAGGCCCAGAGGCCAAGGCGGAGGGCGAAGUAGGUAUGCGUUUGGGGCCACUCGUGCGAUGCGUUCAUCGCGGUUGACGCGUUAUUAGCCGCUUGGGUUUCUUUACUCUUAGGUAGUGUGGUAUCGGUGGGCAGAUGGGUGGGAUAAAGGGAAUCACGGCGUUACUGUACUGUGUUUACGUGAGCUGUCUGUAUAUCUAGUCUGUCGAAUUUAUUGGAUUCUCGG